CAAGUGAAAAGAGUGAUGACCAUCCUUUUCCUUACUAUGGUUAUUUCAUACUUGAGUUGCAUGAAAGCUGCCCCCAUGAAGGAAGUUAGUAUCAGAGGACAAGGCAGCUUGGCUUAUCCUGGUCUUCGGACACAGGGAAAUCUGGAGACCCUCAGUGGGCCCAAUGAUGCCACCAGAGGAUUAACAUCUUUGGCAGACACUUUUGAACACGUCAUUGAGGAGCUCCUGGAUGAACAGCAGGUCAUUCAGCCCAGCAAGGAAAACAAGGAUGCAGACUUGUACUCAUCACGAGUGAUGCUAAGCAGUCAAGUGCCUUUGGAGCCUCCUCUGCUUUUCCUGCUUGAGGAGUAUAAAAACUACUUGGAUGCUGCAAACAUGUCCAUGAGGGUCCGGCGCCAUUCUGACCCUGCUCGUCGUGGGGAGCUGAGCGUGUGUGACAGUACUAGUGAGUGGGUGACAGCAGCUGAAAAAAAGACUGCAGUAGACAUGUCCGGAGCAACGGUUACAGUCCUGGAAAAAGUCCCAGUGCCCAAAGGCCAACUGAAGCAAUAUUUUUAUGAGACCAAGUGCAGCGCGAAGGGUUAUGCAAAAGAAGGCUGUAGGGGCAUAGACAAGAGGUACUGGAAUUCCCAGUGCCGAACUACUCAGUCUUACGUCCGCGCUCUCACCAUGGAUAACAAAAAGAGAGUUGGAUGGCGCUUUAUAAGAAUAGACACUUCCUGUGUUUGUACACUGACCAUAAAAAGGGGAAGAUAGUGGAUUCAUGUUGGAUAGAUUAUAUUGAGACAAAAAUUAUCUAUUUGUAUAUAUACAUAACAGGGUAAAUUAUUCAGUAAGAAAGAAAAUAAUUUUAUGGACUGCAUGUAUAAAGGAAGUUUAUACA